AUGGUGAUCAAGCUUGCCAUUGAUGGAGUCAAGAACUCCGGUAAGCGUUUCAAGCGUUUCAAGAAAUGGCUAGAAGAACAGCCGCCUUUCGACAUUGUCAUUGAUGGAGCCAAUGUUGGCUUCAACAACCAGAACAGAGAAGGAGGCUUGUUUCAGUACAGCCAGAUCGACGCUGUUAUCAAGAAGCUGCGCGAAACUGGCAGCAGGGUGCUCCUGGUGCUACAUCCCAAGUGGUUGCGUGCAGACGCGGAUCGGACGGUAACCAAACGAAAAAAGAGAAAGCUCGAUCAGAUCAACCUGGAGUCAGGACUCGGUUCUUCUGACGAGUCGGCGGAGGAGCACGAGGACGGAGAGCCAGAGAUCCAAUACCCCUUCGACCCCAUAACUGAUGCAGAGAGGGCUGCACCCUCUGGCACACCGCUUGCCUUCAUUCGCCAGUGGAAGGAGUCAGAUUGCCUUGUCCGUGUACCCGCCAAAGACUGUGACGAUUGGUACUGGCUAUUUGCUGCGCUGUCUUCCGCGCGCCGAGGUGCUAGGCAUGUACAGGUGGUUAGCAAUGACCACAUGCGAGACCAUCACUGGCGGAUGGUCGGCAACCGCGCGUUCCUGAAGUGGCAGGGAAGACACAUGACCAGAGUGAGCAUUUGGUCCGAGACUUCAGAUGCGGAGAACUGCAAAGUUACACUGACGCCUCCGGACCUCUACUCCGUGCAAGCACAGGUGUGCCGGGCCCCGUGUCUCCUGCGACGGCAGCCAUUGGCAUUUUCCAGUGCCUACUCUGCCGAGCCGGGCGCAGCAGCUUUCCUCUGGGCGUCCUCUCCCACGGAAGGAGAUCGAGUCUGCCGAAUGCCACUGGCUUGUCGCAUGGCACCAAUAGUCAGGAAUUUCGUGCCAGAGUCUGACUGCUACGUGACUUGCUGGGAAGGAGUGCCGGCUGUGGACCCGGGUUGUGAAGGGGAGCCGGUGAGACUCAGGUGGAGUCAAGGUAUGUUCAUCGUCGACCAGUGGCCGCUCCAGCGGUGCUGGUGGAAGGGCCUUUCACGCUUCGAAGAGGCUUCGGUAGUGGACGGUACGACCGUUACGCGUCACUUCGUACAGGCCAUUCGGCUCUGCAUGUCGAACAGCGGCCCAUUAAGCUGGAGAUCGUCAAACCUUCAUCAACUCAACCAACUCCAUCGCAGAAGGUACCUUGCUGGUAUGAAGAGGACAUCUCGAGAAGACGCGGCGGACUGGACUAAGCUGGUCGUGGGGCUGCACUCGUAUUGCUUGGUGCAACAUCACACCAUCGGCAUCUGUUAG